GUAUCGACAAGUUACGUUGCUAUUAAUUAAUCGAUAACUUUGUUUUGUUUCACAACACUACUUGUAAAUAGUUUCGCUUUGGCAUUUUGCAUUUCUGCAACACCCGGCGGACGGUGUUUGAUCAUGAGUAUACUGCGUGAACAACUAAAAUAGAUUCGUAUUAUUUUCUGUUGUUGUGACGUAAUAUCAAGGCAAACGAACUUUACACCGAUUCUAAGUUAUAAUAUUUUCUAUCGAAACGCAAGGAUUGUUGUAUAGUGACAAAAAUCACUGUAAUGUUUAAAUUUUUGUCCAAUUCCUUGAUUACGCAGGCCAGCUGUCAAGAGGUGGGGGGCUGGAUAUUUGAAAAGAGCUGAUUCCGAUCGUCUUCGAGAGAUUUUCUUGAAAUAUGCCAGUGUAGAUAAAAAUGGUGAAAAAUAUAUCACCAGUGAAGAUUUUGUCAGGAAAUUCCUUGGACUCUUCAAUGAAGAUGACUACAACAAAGAGUCGGUCCAGCUCAUCGCUGGCAUUGUGGAUAUGGACAAGGAUGGCUUUAUCUCCUUCUCCGAGUUCCAGGCCUUUGAGGCACUAUUAUGUGUGCCCGAUGCACUGUACAAAACUGCCUUCCAACUUUUUGAUACCAAUGGAAAUGGCCUUGUUACAUUUGACGAGUUUGCCGAUGUCAUGAAAAAGACUGCCUUGUACAAGAAAUUGCCCUUCAAUAUGGAGAGCACUUUCGUACGCCUGUACUUUGGAAAGGACAAGAAGCGCCUCGUAACAUACCCUGAGUUCAGUCAGUUCCUUCACGACUUUCACGAGGAGUAUGGCGUGGAAGCGUUCAAGAAACGCGACAUCAAUGGAAGCGGAUUCAUCAGUGCUGGAGACUUCAAGGAGAUCAUGCUGUCGGUCAAAAACCACCUUCUCACAAAGGAGAUGAAAACUAAAGUUAUUGAGGCGUCAGGCUUCCCUCAAGGCGAGAGAAAAAUCAGUUUUCCAUAUUAUAUGGCAUUCAAUUCCCUUCUUAACAACAUGGAGCUGAUCAAACGGGUGUACUUAAACGCAACGAACGGACAUCGAACUCAGGAAGUUACGAAGGAGGAGUUUCUUCAUUCAGCACAAAUGAUGAGCCAGAUCACACCUCUAGAAGUAGAUAUAUUGUUCACCUUGUGUGACCUGAUACAUCAUAGCAAUGGACGCAUAGUGUACAACGACUUGAACACGAUAACCCCAGAACAGUACUUCAAGCAAGUGACAAGACGUGUUGCGGAGAUCAAAGCCGUGUCGAGCCCCGAAGAAAGAAGUAUACUAAUUCAAAUAUUGGAAAGCUCCUACAGAUUCACACUCGGUUCAUUUGCUGGUGCUUUGGGAGCAACAGCAGUCUACCCAAUAGAUCUUGUAAAGACGCGUAUGCAGAACCAGCGCACGGGUUCCUUCAUUGGGGAAGUCGCUUAUCGUAACUCCUGGGAUUGCUUCAAGAAGGUCAUCAGGCACGAAGGUGUCUUUGGACUGUACCGAGGUCUAGUUCCUCAGCUUAUCGGGGUCGCUCCAGAGAAAGCUAUAAAGUUGACAGUAAAUGACUUAGUUCGAGACAAAUGUAUGGAUAAGAAUGGCAACCUAACAUUGUACGCUGAAAUUAUUGCCGGAGCUUGUGCUGGUGGUUCGCAAGUAGUAUUUACAAAUCCAUUGGAAAUCGUAAAAAUUCGUCUUCAAGUCGCGGGUGAAAUCGCCGGUGGCAGCAAAGUACGAGCUUGGAGUGUAGUCAAAGACCUCGGUCUUUUUGGCCUCUACAAGGGCGCCAAAGCCUGUCUGCUCCGUGACGUUCCCUUCAGCGCUAUUUACUUCCCUGCGUAUGCGCAUUGCAAGGCUCAUUUCGCUGACGAGAACGGCUACAACCACCCCUUGACGCUGCUCGCGGCGGGUGCACUUGCGGGCGUGCCCGCUGCCUCGCUCGUCACGCCCGCUGACGUCAUCAAGACACGGCUACAGGUGGUAGCUCGAUCGGGCCAGACGACGUAUAACGGAGUUAUUGAUGCAACUAGGAAAAUAUGGGCUGAAGAAGGUGCUAGAGCUUUCUGGAAGGGCGCAGUGGCGCGUGUGUUCCGUUCCUCGCCUCAGUUCGCCGUAACGUUGGUCACGUAUGAAAUAUUACAGCGUCUCUUCUAUGUCGACUUCGGUGGAAGUCGACCAGCCGGUUCUGAGCUAACAGUGGCCACUCCAGUGGAAGAAGCAAAGAAGAAGCCGCAUCACAUCGGAGGUUACCAAGUAGCAACUCCUAUUCUCACCGGCCUAGAGACUAAAUUCGGAAUCUCAUUGCCGAGAUUCUCCUACCCCAAGGCGCAGUAAACUAAAAUGAAGUAUUCUUAGCAGUCAAAAUGCAUUGGGUCUACCAUGGCAAGUUCCAAACGUUUUUUUCAUACGCAUACACCAGUCGGGGUUUAUCCCACUAAAUCCCGCCACCAGCAAUCGCCCAUAAUAGGUAACACCGUAGACUAUCGGGAUCCUGCCACGCGAUCAGCCGUUGAAAUCACUGCCCCCACGGCCGUGAAUAAUGUGGAGUGGAUCUUGGUACAUACAUAGGGUGCAAUGUGGCAAGCCCCAAAAACAUCAACUUCCCGCUGACAUUUCAUUGGCCAUUUUCUUUGUCUCUGGCCUAAAAGUCUCAAUGUUCUAAUAUAUUACAAAAAGGCCAAAGGUAAUCACGUGGCUAUAGAUUGACCUGACAUUGGUCUGCUUUCUAUUCCUGGUAUAACACAAAUAUUGGGUUCUAUAGACUGGCGCUAAGAUGUUAUGGUAGGCCCUCUGGUAUUAAGGAAAUGUAUCCAAAUCGAAAUGAUAACUUUUUUUAAUUUUUUUAUUACUAUUGCUAGCAAAACAGUUUAUUGUAAAAUGGACCUUAAUGUGUGGUGAUAAAGAAAGUUUUUAACUGAAAGUAAGUUGAACGCUACCUUAAGUCUUCCUUCAGUGUGGUCUUUGCCUGUCAGCGAUUUUAAACAUAACGUUUCAAAUUUAGAACACAGAUCUUUAUUAAAUUAUAGAAUCAACGGUCACGUUAUACACACUCUAGAUAUAAAUACAUCGUUAAUUGAUUUUUUUUACUAAAAGUUAAUGUGCUUGAUAUUAAAAAAAAACUAGACAGUUUUUCCAACGUUGUAAUAAUUUGAUUUUGAUACAUUUCUAUAGUCCUUAAGGCAACAUCAAGUCUUCACGACUUAAUUAGGAUUUCAGUAAUCCUGGAUGAAGGAUAUAUUUUUCAAAUAAACAAUUCCCUUUGAUAAGUUUCAAUUUAUAAUAUAAAUUUUAUAAUUUUUCUUAUAUCCUUUUGAUAUUUUUUAACAGGUAAGUUUUUACGUAUAUCGGAACAAAAAUCGUGGUUUUUAAAGAAAAAUAUAUCCUUUUAUCUUUAGUUAACUUCGGAGUUAUUCACUGCCUGUGCGUGUGUGCGUAUCAAUUCAUUUAGCGAAUUCUCGAAUCAAUAAAUUAGCACAUUAAUGAUACGAUUAAUUGAUUAUGAAGCAAUCCUAAGCAAUAUAUUUGUAUAGCUGGGAAAGUUAAUGUAUAAUUGUAUAUAUUUCCCAAAGUGGCCCGCAGCUAUCAGAAACUAUUUUUCUAUAUAGUACUAUAGUACGAUAUAUUUUAUUUAAGCCCUAAACGACGCUAUAUGAUUCUCCGCUUUGAUCUUAUAUCGUGCAGUUCCGAAUCAUGCGCACCUCGCAGCAUUUUGAUAUCCAAAACCUAUAUAUUUCAUAUAUUAUUUGCCAUUUGUUAUAUUUCUUUUUAGCACUAAGAGUAAUUCUAAAAUCGACUAUUUAUUGUUUUUUUUUUUAUAUUCGAUGCCGUCACUGCUUAGAUAGAAAAUUAUACGCAAUACAAUAUUUUUUUGAACGAUUUUUUGUAGUUGCUUUGUGAAAGAUUUACCAUUCGUAUAUACAAAUGAGUUUUUUGAGAUGUAUUCGUUAUCACAAAAGCACAAAUUGUUUUCAAGAAAUUUGGGUUUUUUU